AUGAAGCCCCAGCAAAACACCGCCCUAUAUGUGAAUGAAAAUGUCGGAUUCGAAAUACGCCGCGAGCAAGGAAUCCCAGUUCCCAGUGAUGGAGAGCUCCUAAUUGAAACGCUCUACUCCGGCGCAAACCCUGCAGAUGUCAAGCAUGCUACACUGCUAGGCAUCUACCCUUCUGUCCUUGGAUAUGACUUUUGCGGCAAGGUGAUCAAAACACCUCCAGGAUCGAACCUUCGCCUCGGUGAAGUCGUCGCAGGGUACACUCCUACUGGGAUCGGAAGGCCUGCAAAAUACGGCGCCCAUCAGCAGUACUUGGCUUGUCCUGAUGAGAUGGCGUUCUCGGUUCCCAUCAACCUCCCUCAGCACCAUGCUGCGUGCCUAAGUGUCGUGGUCAUGACGGCGUGCGAUGCCCUCUACAACAUCUUCAAGUUCCCCCUCCCAAGCAACUUGCAAGGUGCGAAAGAGUCGCAACCGCACCAGCAGCCACAACCGCUCUUGAUCUGGGGAGCCUCGAGUGGCGUUGGGCUCUCUGCAGUGCAGCUUGCUCGAGCGAGCGGUAUCCACCCUAUCCUCGUGACAGCAUCGCCAAAGAACCAUCCCCUCCUACUGCGUCUGGGUGCCACGUGCUGCUUCGACUACAAGUCCCCCAACGUCGUCUCUGAGAUAGCUGCAUCCCUCGAGGAUGGCCAAUGGGGUAAGUUGAGACGUGGCUUCGACGCAGUGGGUAGUCAGACGGACCCUAGCUCCGCGGAGCUUCUAGCGCGCUGCGUUGCCGCCGAUGAUGCACAACUCGUGUCAGUUGUCGUACAGAGGGAUCCGCGCUUCAGAAUGCCAUUUGCUACGACGAACUCGGAUGUGACUAUCCGCGUCACGGGGACGCCUGGUCCAAUUACAAUUCCUGCGCGGAGGGACGACUACAAGCGUGCCUGGGGAGUGUUCCAGUGGGCUGUGGAACACUAUGGCAAGCACUUUGAAUUGCCUGAGGUUGACGUCUUCAGCGGCUCUGCUGAAGAGGCUCUGGAGCGACUGCAGGUCUUGGGUGGCGCUGGACAGGGAAUGGGGAAGCUUGCCAUUCAACACCCGUUACGAUGA